AAACAAAGCGAGAAAACCACCACAAAGCCGGACGCAACAAACGAGGAGAAAAGGGGGGAGAGAAGGAGGCGGAGGUUGCUGGGGGAGCCCGCUCGCAUGGGCGAAGAGCCGCUUUGAAUCGUGCCUCUGUUCCCAGGGAUUAGAGCAUGAAUGGGAGCAGCUUCCCGGCCACGAUGGAGAGAGAAGGCGGCUCCGGCUGUUCGAAUCAGGUUUCCUCCCACAUGAGUCCCUGAGGUUCCUGCUGGCAGCUCCAGCAGUGCCCUGCAGAAGCGCCCUCCUGCUCCUGGCUCAGCAGCCGAGGCCUCUCCAAACCUGCUUCUGCAAUGGGUGGGUUGUAAGCACUGGUAAUGAGGAGCUGUGGGCCCAGUCAGUCUUGGAGAUGCCGAAGAGACGAGACAUCCUGGCUAUCGUGCUGAUAGUUCUGCCCUGGACACUGCUAAUCACCGUCUGGCACCAGAGCACCAUUGCUCCACUGCUUGCAGUGCACAAGGAUGAUGGUGGUGACUCCCAGCGUGAUCUCGCUGCAGGCUUGGACUCCAAGGAAUACUGCCUGUCGGACCGGGACAUUGUGGAGGUGGUGAGGACAGAGUACGUUUACACGCGCCCACCCCCGUGGUCAGACACGCUGCCCACCAUCCACGUGGUCACCCCCACCUACAGCCGGCCGGUGCAGAAGGCAGAGCUGACCAGGCUGGCCAACACCCUCCUGCACGUGCCCAACCUGCACUGGAUCCUGGUGGAGGACUCGCAGCGCCGCACGCCGCUCAUCACCCGCCUGCUGCGGGACACGGGGCUCAACUACACCCACCUCAACGUGGAGACCCCCCGCAACUACAAACUGCGCGGGGACAUGAGGGACCCCCGCAUCCCCCGCGGCACCAUGCAGAGGAACCUGGCCCUCAGGUGGCUCAGAGAGACCUUUAACAAAAACAACAGCCAGCCCGGGAUUGUUUACUUUGCUGAUGAUGAUAACACCUACAGCCUGGAGCUCUUCGAGGAGAUGCGCAGCACCAGGAAGGUGUCGGUGUGGCCCGUGGCCUUCGUGGGCGGCCUGCGCUACGAGUCGCCCAAGGUGAACGCGGCGGGGAAGGUGUACGGCUGGAAAACCGUGUUCGACCCGCACCGCCCCUUCGCCAUCGACAUGGCCGGCUUCGCCGUCAACCUCAGGCUCAUCCUGCAGCGCUCUCAGGCCUACUUCAAACUGCGCGGGGUCAAGGGCGGCUACCAGGAGAGCAGCCUGCUCCGCGAGCUGGUCACCCUCAGUGACCUCGAGCCCAAGGCUGCCAAUUGCACUAAGAUUUUAGUCUGGCACACAAGGACAGAGAAGCCUGUGCUGGUGAACGAGGGCAAGAAAGGAUUCACAGAUCCCAAUGUGGAAAUCUGACUGUGCAUGGCUGAGCAGAGACCAACGCCAGAAGAUUUCUUCAUGCACAGCCUGCAAGGUUCCUCUCCACAGCACCCACCCAGCCAGCCAGGCGGGAGCCAGGACCUCUGCUGACUCCCACGAGUUUUAGCCUUCAGAAAAACCAAGCACCACUGCAUACAUGAAGUCCCCGGACCCCCUGCCCCUCCUCCCGGACUCGGAGCACAGGCAGACGCUCCGGAGGUGGAGAACAAAGCACAGAAAGGCGGGACUGGCAGCUCCCGGCGCCCAGGCUCCGUCUGGCAGGCGGCUGCAGCGAGCAGGGCUGUGUGCCAGCACCUGGCUGAGGGUGAGAGCCACGCCAGUGGCCCCUGGGGACUGGUUUUGCUGAGAAACACGGACUUUGUGGCCAUGUGUGAGACAGCCCGAGCAGCUCUCUGGCCGUGGAGGGGACAGCUGCCUUCCUAGAUGGCACCUUAGCCCUUAAUUUUAAACCUACUUUAAUCAGUGUUUGUUACGCUGCACAAGAUGGGAAGGGUUUGGGGAGGGGGAAAAAAACAAGGCGGGUUAGAACAAACCCUUUAAGCAUCACUGUUCUCUGAUUUCCCUCUCCUUUUCCUUCUUCAGUUUCACAGUUUGGGGGGCACCCUGACGUUCCUGUGUGGUCAUGGAAUCAUGGAAGGGUUGGAGGUGAAUGGGACUUUAAAGAUCCUCUGGUUCAACCCCCUGCCAUGGGCAGGGACACCUCCAGCUGGACCAGACUGCACCUGGCCUGGAAUAUUCCCAGGGGUGGAUCCCCCACCUCUCUGGGCAACCUGUGCCAGUGUGACACCACCCUCAUUGUAAAAAAAUGUCCUUAUACCCAAUCUAUCCUCUUUGAGUUUAAACCAUCAACCCUUGUCCUAGCCCUGCUGAAAGGUUUGUCUCCAUCUUUCUUAGAAGAAGGGAUGGAGGGACAGGACCAGGGAGCUGCUGAUCACCAGCAGUUCACCACUGAUCCUGGAUGGAGUUGUGUCUCCAGCAUGUGGAUCUCUAAAAAUGCUGAAAUAAUUGGAAGUGGGGUUUAAGGAGACUGUGGGGGCCAUACACCAGAAUAUUCAUCCAGAUCUGGGUCCUGUUUGGCGCUCAUUUGGUUCCCAUGAGCAUUAGGUGUGGGAUUCUCCCAAGGGUGCUCCUAUAUGAAGGCAAAUUUCCACUCUUGAAAAAUAAAACUGCUUCCAACUAGAGACUGGACACUAAGAGGUGAAUUCAGUGCAUUUCCCAUUUGACUGGAGUGUAUCCUCCAGCCCCAGCCCCUUUUUCUGCUGCUGCAGAGCUGGUGUGAAAAGCCACCCUGGAGCAGUUCCCAGUCCCCUUUGAUGGAAAGCAGCACCCUUGGGAAGGGGAUCCUGGGCUCAGGGCUCUGCUUAUUCACCAUCUGGUGGUGCUGCCACCAUGGAUGACUCUGAGACUGCCAAACUUGCUGAGAUAAAAACUGAGGUACAACAGGCCCCUCCUCCCCAGCCAAAACCCCUAAAUUCCCUCCCCCUGCAUAACUUGUCAAACCUUUGUCACCCCCCUCCCCGCUGCUGUCCCAAUUCCUUCAAAAAUUUUGAAGCACAAUUUUACCUUUGAACUGAGGAAAAAAUGUAAUCCUGCAAUAGACUUGGUUAUUUUUAGCCCUAACACGUAGAACUAUUAAAAUGCUCUGGGUUUGAUUGUUGGCUUCACGGUGCAGAAGUCUCCCCUUGGAUUAAUGACAUUGUGUAUUUCCUGAUAUUUCAAAGGAAAAUAUUUUUUGUAAGUAAGUUAUUUUCUCCCGCUGUAUAUCAGAACCAUUGGGGAAAAGUCUCAUUCUUUAGUUGCCAGCCACAGAAGCCUUUACAAAAAUGUUCCUUUUAGAUGCAAUGGCUGAAGCACCACUUGGAAAGAAAGUGUUGGAUGCUGCUGGCUGCUCUAUGGGAACAGGUAUUGUUACCUUGGAUUAAAACUCUGCACUCGAGUAGAUUUAUUCUCUUACUGUACUGGCCUUCCAAGUUCCCUUCAGUCUGCAAACCCUACAGUGGAAAGAGACAUUUUUCAAGGACUACCAAGUUUUCAUAGCAUUGAAGUAGUCUCCAGCUGAUGUCCUCUCCGAGCUGCAUGUUUUGGUUCACUGAUGUGAAUUCCAGUCCCUGCUGGGUUCCAACCUUCCCUCCUUGGAAGGAAAUAACUUUCAGAAAAAUGCAAAGGAUGGAGUCCUGAACACAGCCCUGCACAUCUGCUCUGCCCUCAGGAGCCUGGGCCCUCUCAGCUGUCCCAGAGCUGCUGUGGCCCUGGGGAGCAGAGGCAGGUGUGACCAGACCUGGCCAGGAUGGAGUGUGUUCCAGCUGCACUGUCUGUUCUCAGUUUUAAACAAACUGUAUUUAAAUUUGUUAAAUAAAAUGAUGGUUUCUAAGAGCCAGCAUACCCUG